AUGGAAGACAUCAACACCAUGGACAUCCUCGACCCGGUCGACCGCCGCCGCGCACAAAACCGUCUAGCACAACGCCGUUUUCGAAAACGCUGUCAGCAAAGGCUCCGACAAAGCGUGGCUAUCCAGACCGAAGCUGCUUCGACAUCUGAACCCUGUUCAUCGUGUACGGCCGGAGACACGGCACCACAUUUCCUUACCUUACAAUCGGACAUCCUCCCGGACGCCACCAAAGAACCCGAGCAUUCACUGUUCUCCGACCACAUUGACACCUUCCUCAUCCCGGACCACAUCUUCCCACCCACGCCCGAACAUACCCAUCUCUCCGACACAGUCACAUCGUCGUCGUCGGGCGACGGGGAUAACAGAGGCCCAUUGAUAGGUGUAGAGGCACAUCCAGACACGGUGAACCACAUCGAAGGCAACACCGGGCCUACGGGAGUUCCACGCGCCGCCUCCGCGCCCACCGCCAGCUGGAAAAGCCCGCUGCACGUCGCCGCGCAGGAAGGUUAUGGGGGCAUUGUCCAAUUGUUGCUCGAGCAUAACGCCGACUGUAACGAGAAGGAUAGCGAGGGCCUGACCCCGCUGGCACACGCGAUCCGGGGCGAUCAUGAGGCGGCCGUCCGCCUGCUGCUCUCCCACGGCGCUCGGCUCGACUACACAGACGGCCCGGGCUGCUCGGUGUUCCACUGUGCGGUCAUCCAUCGUCGGGAGGCCCUCCUGCGUCUGUUUGCCACCCAUUGUGCCGCCAAUCUGGCCUUGCUGGACGCCUUGGAUGUGGAGGGCAUGACGCCGCUGCACCGGGCGGUCGUCACAAAUUUCGAAGCCGGCGUGCGCAUAUUACUGCAUCACGGUGCCAGUGUGCAUCAUCGAGCCCAAAACGGCCAAUAG